GUGUGUAUGUGUUUUUUUUCCUUGACUCAUAUGUUUUUUACAGUGGAGAUUUAGAAAUAACAAAAGAAUUUCUUAUUGAACUUGACAAAUUAGUUCAACUAAUCGAAUCACCUAUAUUUGCCUAUUUGCGUCUUCAGAUGCUUGAGGCUGAGAACAAUCAGUAUUUAGUCAAAAGUCUGUAUGGAAUUCUUAUGCUACUACCACAGUCGGAAGCUUUUCGAAUCCUGCAAGCUCGUCUACAGUGCAUUCCUAACUUUCAUCUGACUCCAGUAAACAGACGGAAACUGAAAGAGGAACGUCAGCUGGUGAAUCAGAUCGACUUCAAAGAGCUGCUGAACCAUUUCUUGGCAGUUCAGAAGAAGCACAGAGAGACGAGAAUAAAUCACCGCUAUGUGAAUAUUGUCUUGUGAAGAUACAGAAAAACAAAUGGAAUGUAUAUAAUAUACAUAAUAUAUAUAUAGUAUUUAUAUUACAUAUAUAUACAGUAUUUAUAGUGCAUAUAUAUAAUAUACAUAUAGU